AUGCAUUGCGACAGUGACAGUUCGGUAGUUUGCACAGACAGUCAGUAUAAAUGGCAGAUAACUUUAUCCUCGAAAAAUUGCACGAUCAAGAAACAUUUCGAAGGUUGGCAGGUAGGCAUCGUCGAUAGAGAAUUCAUUACAGAUAUAUCCAUUACUUAUAUUUCGUCACAAAAUGCCAUCAACGGCGAAAAAGAUUUGCGAUUGACUUUAACAGUUCCAAAGUUGGAGAUUAAUUCGCAAUGCACAGUCGAGACGACCAAAACCGCGGAUGCCGAGAUUUGUUGCAAUCGCGAGGACCUCGAAGAAUUGUUAGAAGCGGAGGACGAAGAUAGCGAUCGGGCAGGCGGAAACAUAAUACUGACAGAUUAUUUGAAAUUGAUAAGAAAUGACGAAACCAGAAUAAAUCUCCUGCUAAAAAUUUUGACGAAAGCCGUGAACGAGCAUAAAUGCUAUGUGAUUUGCGGCACGUUUCCGGCUCUGAGGAAACCGAUGACGGGCAGAGGCUGGAUCGAGAAAAGAGCUAUUAGGAAAAUGAUGUCAAUCGCCCCUAAUGCGUACGAAGGUCGUAUGUUUUAUUUCGACUCGUAGUCGUUAAGUCAAUUUGAAAGCCGGUGUCUCACUUUCAGACGGUUUACUGCAAAUAGAAAAAUUGCUCCGGACUCCUGCGAAUUUUAUAUGGUAUAUAAAUAAGAGACCUAUCGCAAGAACGAACGAUCAGAUAAUCGUGAAUAAAUUCGCUGGUAGUUAUUUUACGUCCAAGGUAAUUUGAUUCUUAAACGCAUACGAAUUGCAGAGUG